AUGUCGCUGUAUUCGUUCUCCACCCCCACGUUACAGAAACUGCGCAAGUUUCGCAUUUCGAGCGCUCGCAGCACCACAAUGCAAGCACAGGUGUACAUGAUCGACCCGCAGUCGUACGAGGUGCUGUACGAGGAACCGGACGAAAAGAUCGAGUCGAUCGACGCGCUGGUCGAGGAAUUGCCCGACAACUCGCCGCGGUUCGUGGUGCUCAGCUAUUCGAAAACGCUGGACGACGGCCGACUGAGCAAUCCGCUCGUGCUGGUGUACCACCGUCCGAUGACGGCAAAGCAGGACGCCAAGAUGCUGUACGCGGGGUGUCUGGAGCAGUUCAAGAGCGAGGUGAGCGCGAACCGGUUUGUGGAGGUGGCUGAUGAGGAGGAUUGGGAGGAGCUGAGGUCCGAGGUUGAGUAG